AUGGCCACCGGUGUAGACGCGAAGCUCCUUAGGAGCACAAAGUUCCCGCCCGAGUUCAAUCAAAAGGUGGACAUGCAGAAGGUGAACCUGCAAGUUCUCAAGAAAUGGAUUGCGAGCAAGAUCCCCGAGAUCCUGGGCAACGAUGAUGACGUUGUCGUCGAGCUCUGCUUCAACCUGAUUGAGAAUGCCAGAUAUCCCGAUAUCAAAGCCCUGCAAAUUCAAUUGACCGGCUUCCUUGAAAAAGAGACCCCGGCCUUCUGCAAAGAGCUAUGGAAUCUCUGUCUGAGUGCGCAGGCUAGUCCUCAGGGCAUUCCUAGGGAGCUGCUCGAGGCGAAGAAGCAAGAACUCAUCCAAGAGAAGAUCGAGGCCGAGAAGGCAGCAGAAGAUGCCCGCAAGCGACGCGAAGAGUUCGAUCGGCGCGACCGAGGUCGAGGCGGUCAUCGAGGCGGCGACUCGUGGCGCGGUGGAGGUCGACGUGGUGACCGGGACUUUGAGAAUCGUCGCGGUGGCUUUGGCCGUGGACGCAACCGCUCGCGAUCGCCUGGCCCCCGUGGUCGUGGUUUUGGUGAUCGUGACAACUACCACGGCUCUCGACGAGACACGUAUACGCCGCGCGCUGGACGAGGUGGUCGUGGUGGUGGUGGUGGCAGGCGUGGGCGCUCUCGAACCCGGUCCUCGUCUGCUUCCUCGGGAACACCGUCUCGUGCUAAUAGCGCUGGAUCCGAUCGCUCUCCCUCUCCUCGUAGGCGGAGGAGCCCCGAUCCGCGAUCUUCGGCCAGCGACCGUGGAGGUCGUAAGCGGUCUCGGUCACCCAAUCGCACCGACAGACGCCGCCCUUCUCGUUCACCCUCUGCUUCGAAUCAAGGCUCUCCGCUACCUAAGCGACAGCGCCAGCUUGUAUCUCGGAGCCGAUCAGCCGAUCGACGCCGCCGUCUGAGCAGGUCUCCGUCUUAUUCCGACUCCGACCGGGCAUCGCGAUCUCUCAGCCGAUCACCCCGACCUCAAGGACACAGACGCCGCGAGGACAGCAGGAGCGCUUCGCCCGAUGGAGACCGCCGUGAUGAUCGAGAUGCCCGCCGUGGUCGCAGUCCGUCUUAUGCGUCGGACGACGGCCGAAGUGCGCGACGGCGUCGAGCCGAUAGCAGAAGCUCGAGUCGCGGGCGCUUCCGCGGAAGGGGCAACCGAGGCCGCCGCGGCCAGCCAAGAAUUAAUACCUCUUCUGUAUCUUCAUACUCAAGAUCGCGAGACAGAUCAGCUGAUGUUGCCUCCCCUGAAGGCAGAGUCCCGCCACGCGGCCCCGAGCCACCGAAUCCAUCCCCCGAAAAGGCCAAGACUACCGACCGCGAGGCCAGCGAGCGACGAGAGAAGGAAUUGAGAGAGCAAAUCAUCAAGAUGAGAUCCUCGCAGAGUUAG